CACCCCCACUCAUUUCCCUCACCACUUUCUCUCUCUAGAAAUUCUCUUUUGGGGUUCAAACAUUUUCGAAGAUUUUGCAUUGUGUGAAAAUUGUUGCAAGAUAGUGUGAUAUACAAACAUAAAUUCGUUAUGAUUGUGAUGAGAUUUGGUUGAGCUGAUUUUGAAAUUAAGAAGAAAUGCCAUUCAGCAGAUAUCAGAUACGAAAUGAGUUCAGUUUGGCUGAUCCAGAGCUGUACAAAGCAGCGGAUAAAGAUGACCCUGAGGCUUUACUUGAAGGUGUUGCCAUGGCCGGUCUCGUUGGCGUUCUCCGUCAGCUCGGUGACCUAGCCGAGUUUGCAGCAGAGAUUUUCCAUGGUUUGCAUGAAGAAGUAAUGGUAACUGCCACCAGAGGCCAUGGAUUACUGGUACGUGUUCAACAGCUUGAAUCAGAUUUCCCUGCAAUUGAAAGGGCAUUUUUGUCACAAACAGGCCAUUCAGCAUUCUUCUCCAGUUCAGGUAUUGGUUGGCAUCCUAAUUUGCAAACAGAGCAAAAUCUUAUUACAAGGGGAGAUUUACCUCGAUUUGUCAUGGAUUCUUAUGAAGAAUCUCGUGGGCCCCCUCGGUUGUUUCUUCUAGACAAGUUUGAUAUUGCUGGAGCUGGGGCAUGCUUAAAACGUUACACUGAUCCAUCAUUUUAUAAAGUGGAGGCAUCUUCAUUUGAAAUGAGGAACACAGAAGCUCAAAGGGGCAAAAAUGUCCGUAAAACAAAGAAAAAAGGAUCAAAAUGGAAAAAUGGAGAGACUCCUGAUGUUUUUCAGCCAUCACAUGUCAAACUUCAUCAAUUACUCCUUGAAGAGCGCAUGCAAAAUGUAACAAGCUACAUGGAGACUUUAUUAACUUCUCCACCUGAGGAUAAACUUGUCCAUGAAGUACCUGUUCAACCCGUGCUUGAAACACAUGACGAGGGUAAUAUGGUCAAUUCACCUAGUCAAAAUGGAAGCCCAUUUGAAUCUCCAAGUGUGGAUAAAUCAGUCUCUAUGGAGCACAUGAAUAACAUGCCCGGAAUCAUGAUUCCGGAGCUUCCGGAAAAUGAAACCGAGGGCAAUUCCGGAAUUGAGGAGGAGGAGGUGGAAGAGAAGCACAUAUCUGUUGAAGGGAAUCACAAAGUCAAUGAUGGUUAUCAAUCCGAUGAUGUUGUAAGUGAGGGAGAAAAUUACGUGGAUGCCCUUGCUACAAUGGAGUCAGAAAUCGAAACGGAAACUGAACUUAGAACUAAUUCUGAUGCGAAUUUAGAACAGAUUCAAUCACAAUUUUCAGAUUCUCAAUUAGGUGAUGAGAUUGAGAAUUGGCUUAAUUAG